AUGGCUAUUUUCAACCCGAUUCCAUAUGAUUAUGUAUCAACUGCCCCGCGCUUCAAAAGCAAAAUAACUCAUGGGCCUAUACAAAGGCAAUCCAGCGCUCUCGAUAAGGCUGCUACUAACGAUGAUGAAGGCUACAGGUCAAAAGAUCGAGAGAUCGAUUCUGGCAGCAAUAGCAAUAACGACCUUGAAUUUCCUACAAUCAAAGAAGUACAAUAUACCACACUACAAAAGAAUGUUGUAUCAAAGGAUUUGAUUCUGAGGAACACAACUCGAGAGGAUGGGAUAGUUUUGGGCAAGAUGGAUAACAGCUUCUUAUCGUUGGAGAAGAUCCUUUUGCGUCAGGGAAUGUCGAUGGAAAGGCUUCAGGAUAGCCGGGGCAUUCAAGACAGGCCAAUGGUUCUCGAAGAUGACGAGUCGUACGUUUCCGAUCUUGCAUCAGCUUCCGUCCUCAGGCUGAACAAGCAAAUCCAUGCCACCAGCCAUGAAGCAUAG